AAAUUUUCAAAAAUGUGAUAAUAAUAUUAGUUACACAAAUAAAUUAAUGAAAGCACCCAAAUUAAUAAUUGAAGAUGAUUCAUGAAAAGAAGCCAAAAGAAGAAAAAGAAAUGCCAAGUGUAGACAAUCGCACUCAACACUUCUUCUCCCCUUUUUUUCCCUUACCUCUUUUCUUUUAAUUAGUCUCUAUCUCUCCUUCUCUCUCUAACUUCUACUCGCCGGAAUAAUCACACAAACGACGCCGCUUCACGCUUUCCAAGGAUCAAAUAGACUCAUGUUGGAUCUCAACCUCGGAAUCUUGUCGACACAUAACGAUGAUGAAGAUUGCAAAGUACCAAUAUCCAUGUUCAGUGAAGAAGAAGAUACCAUUAGUUUCUCAAACAAUAACUCGGAGGGUUUCAUUACCUUCGGAAUCCUUAAAAGAGAAGAAGACGAAAAACUCCCCCUUCCUCCUCCUCCUCCUCCGCAGAGUGAGAUAUUCUCCGGCGGAAGUGAGUGGUUGAAUCUGUCGUCGUCGAUGCAAAGAAAUGAACAAGAAAUGGUAAUGGUCAAGAAGAAGAGCCGACGUGGCCCACGAUCAAGAAGCUCCCAUUACCGUGGCGUCACCUUCUACCGUCGAACCGGCCGUUGGGAAUCUCAUAUUUGGGAUUGUGGAAAACAAGUUUACUUGGGUGGUUUCGACACAGCCUACACAGCUGCAAGAGAUAUAUUAGCUGACUUAUUCAAAUAUAUCAGAGCAUACGACCGAGCUGCUAUCAAAUUCCGGGGAAUUCACGCAGAUAUCAACUUUAUCGUGAAUGAUUACAAACAGGAUAUUGAAAAGAUGAAGAAUUUAAGCAAAGAAGAUUUUGUGCAAACUCUUAGACGAGAGAGUGCAAGUUUAGCAAGAGGAGGUUCCAAAUACAAAGACUUAACUCUUCAGAAACACACCCAUAUUAGAAAUGGUCACACUCAUCUCUUCCAAAACAGGGAAUGGAAUGCAGAAGCAACAAAAUGCAAUGAGAUGAGAAAGAUAGAAGGAGAUAUUAAGUUAGCUGUCCACAAUAAAAGAAAUGAGCACAACGAUCUUGAGCUAAGUCUCGGAAUUUCUUCAUCGUCGGAACGUUUAAAAUUGAAAACCGAUGAUAAUUAUUACAUGGGAAGUGAUCGAUCUGUGACGAGUUUGUAUGGGAAGCCGUUGCCGGUAUAUCUACCGAUGACAGAAAUGAAACCAUUAAAAACAGUUGCAGCAUCAUCAGGAUUCCCUUUCAUUGCCAUGAUUGAUUCCUCUUCUCUGUCCACUUGCUUUGAUCCAUGAGGUCACACUAUAUACUUGACGUUUGUUUCGUUCAAACAAUAGAUUAUGAAAUUCUAAUACUUUUUAUAUAAAAUAUAUAAUCAUGCGGAAUCACGAGUUAUAACUUUUUUUUGGUCUGCCACAUGUAUACUCGUCGUAAUAUGCAUUUACGUGUUUUUUUUGUGACAUUAUUUAAAAAUAAUAAAAUCGUCAUAUGUGUUUGUCAACGAUGAUAA